CUCCAUCCAAGAUGAUGCUCUUCUCGGUGGCAGGACCAGAAAAAAACAGCCCAGUCUUUCCCAGGUACCACCUAGAGAGCCAGCCACUGUGGCUCACCUGCUGUGGAGGAAGUGGCUAUGAAUGUUCCAAGUAUAUAGUCUGAAGCCAGCAUAUCUGCCAAGAGCCACUGUCUGAGGUGCUGUCACCCUGGGGAUGUCCAUGGAGCAAGACACCAGAGCACUUCUGCCCACCCAGGGCACUGCCUGGGCUACAGCCUCUGUCCCAGUCGCCAGGCUCCAGGGUCCCCAGGGAGACUCCCACCAGGCCUGCUCUCAGGAGCCUCACAGCCUUUCCAGUGUUGAGGCACCCUACUGCGACCUGCCUCUCUGCCCACCGGCCCUGCAGGACCCACUCCACACCACCACCUGUGUUGGCCAGUCUGUGGACAACCUUGGCCUUGGGCAGGAACCUCAGAGGGUCUGGUCCCCAACAACAGCUCUCCCUGCAGAGGGCCCUGCCACUGCUCCAAGGAACAGGCACCAGGACCCUGAGGGGAUACCCUAUCUGGAGGGCGUGGCCUGUAGUAGCUGCACCUCCGAAGACCAAGACCAGGACCCCAACUCCAACACCAGUUCCAGCCAAGACAGCAAUACCCCUCAUGAUACUAGCAAUUCCUCUUCUGUGGAUUGGGACACUGUUGAGAGGCCAGGGGAGGUCCCCAACGGGAACACAGUCACCGAGAUGAUCCCAAGGAGGCCUCAGGAAGGACUGAGACCUGACAGUGCUGGAAAGGCUACCAGAUCCCCAGGCAGAGGAGACACAGCAGGCCAGAGGAAGGAGAAUUCUGGCAGUGGUGGACAGAGCGCUGGCCAGCACUGGGCGAAGCUGCGAUCGGAAAGUGGCUACUUCUCUCUGGAGCGACAGCGCUCAGGGCAAACCCAGGCUUCCUCCGGGAUACCACCGGGCGGACCUCGGAGCACCACUCAGGCUUCUUCUGUUCAAAGAGAUGUUUUCCAGGCUGCGUCUGCACAAGAAGCUCCCCAAACCUCCUCUCUGCCACGAAACACCCAAAGGGACACCCAGUGGAGCACCCCUAGAACUUCCUCUCCUUCCAGAGUAUCCCAGCGGGACACUCCUAGAAUCAUGACCACCCAGCGAAAGAAUACUCCACUUUCCUCUCCCCUCAGAACCACUCCUGAGACCCUGAAGACCUCUGCACCAGAAGAUGGCCCCCAUGCUACAUCACCUCCAUGCGCCCAAGACUCCUCUCUCAAUAGAACCACCCAGCGGGAUAGCUCUAGAACUUCCUGUGCCCAGAGGGACAAUCCCAGGACCUCUUCUCCCAACAGAACCACCCAGCGGGAUAACCCCAGGACUUCUUGUUCCCAGAGGGACAAUCCCAGGACCUCCUCUCCCAACAGAACCACCCAGCGGGAUAACCCCAGGACUUCUUGUGCCCAGAGGGACAAUCCCAGGACCUCUUCUCCCAACAGAACCACCCAGCGGGAUAACCCCAGGACUUCUUGUGCCCAGAGGGACAAUCCCAGGACCUCCUCUCCCAACAGAACCACCCAGCGGGAUAACCCCAGGACUUCUUGUGCCCAGAGGGACAAUCCCAGGACCUCUUCUCCCAACAGAACCACCCAGCGGGAUAACCCCAGAACUUCUUGUGCCCAGCGGGACAACCCCAGAACUUCCUGUGUAUCACAGAAUACCCCCAGAACCCCUUCUACCCAAGUAGACAAGACUACAGCUUCCUGCAGCAGAUGGGAACACCUCCGAAGCGCCUGCACCCAACGAGACAACCCCAGGACCAUCUCUCAAGGCUGCACCCAAAAGAACAACCCAAGACCAUCCUCUCCCCGCCGUGCCACUCAGGGGAGUAGUUCCAGAAACCCUUCUCCCCACCGUACCAACAAAGAUAUCCCUUGGGCUUCCUUUCCCCUUCGGCCAACACAGAGUGACAGUCCCCGAACCUCAUCUCCAUCACGCUCCAAACAAAACCAGGUGCCUUGGGCAUCCAUUUCUCUCCGGCCAACCCAAGGGGACAAGCCUCAGACCUCACCUCCAACCAAGCUAGCUCAUAAUGACUCUCCCCAGCAGUAUUCGGCAUCCCUGGCCAUCUCUGCCCCCUCCUCUCAUAACCCUGGCCAUCCCAGUGCCUCUAGGACUUCAGCGCCUCUUCACCCAGCACCACGAGGGACUCCCCAGACCUCUUUGGAGUCCUCUCAGCCACCAUGUGCUGUGUGUAUUGGGCACCGGGACGCACCUCGCGCCUCUUCCCCACCUCGCUAUUUUCAGUAUGACCCUUUUCCCUUUUUCCCAGAUUCCCGCUCGUCUGAGAGCGAAUCGCCCCAUCAUGAACCCCCCUACAUGCCGCCUGUAGUGUGUAUUGGGCACCGUGAUGCCCCCCGGGCCACUUCACCACCUCGUCACACCCAGUUUGAUCCCUUUCCCUUCCUCCCGGACACAUCAGAUGCCGAGAAUGAGUCCCCCCAGCACGAUCCCCCUCAGUUUCCCCCGCCGGUAUGCAUCGGGUACCGCGAUGCUCCACGGGCCUCUUCCCCACCACGCCAGUUCCCAGAGCCCUCCUUCUUCCAAGAUCUCCCCAGGGCCAGCACAGAGAGCCUUGUCCCUUCCACAGACUCUCUGCAUGAGCCGCCCCACAUUCCCACUCCUGUGUGUAUCGGGCACAGAGACGCUCCCUCCUUCUCUUCCCCACCACGGCAGGCCCCUGAGCCUUCCCUCUUUUUCCAGGAUCCUCCUGGGACCAGUAUGGAGAGUCUUGCCCCUUCCAUUGAGUCUCUGCAUGGCUCCCCACUGCUGAACCCCCAAGUAUGCAUCGGCCAUCGGGAUGCACCCAGAGCCUCCUCUCCUCCCCGACACCCACCUAGUGACGUAGGUCUCCUGGCACCCUCACCUCCACCAGGUAGCUCAGGCUCCCGGGGCUCAGCACCCCCAGGGGAGACCAGACACAACUUGGAGAGGGAGGAGUACACCAUGCUGGCUGACCUGCCCCCACCCAGGAGGCUGGCUCAGAGGGGGCCAGAGCCCCAGGCCCAGGGCAGCAACGAGGGCCGUACCCGCAGCCCUGGCCGAGCAGAGGUGGAGCGCCUCUUCGGGCAAGAGCGCAGGAAAUCGGAGGCACCGGGGGCCUUCCAGACUCGGAAUGAGGGACGGUCACAGCGGCCCAGCCAAGGUCAGAGCCAACUUCGAAGACAGUCCAGUCCUGCCCCCAGCAGGCAGGUGACCAAGCCCUCUGCCAAGCAGGCAGAGCCAACCCGGCAGAGCCGGACAGGACCUCCACAUCCUAAGGGUCCUGAAAAGCAGCCUGAGGGAGACCGGCAGCUCCAGAGGACCUCACUACCUGCCAGGACAUCAGCCAGGCCCCCUGAGAGGAAGGCUCAGAUAGAGAGGCAUCUGGAGAGUGGCUACAGUGGCCUGAGGCAGCCUCUGGGAGAGUGGCAGAGCCAGGAGGGGCUGUCAGGACCCCAAAGUCCUAACAGACACCCAGAAAAAAGCUGGGGCAACCAGGAGGAGGGCCCAAGCCUGGGGGGUUGGCCAGAACUUGGGGGUCCCAGCCUGGAGGGGAUAUGGAGGGACCCUCCUCAGGAGCACAGAGAAAGGUGGGGACAGUCAGAGGCCUGGGAGGAGCCUCCCAGUAAUGGGAUACAAGGGGGCCCCCCAAGGGGCCAAGGUAGCCUUCAGGGGUUGUCCAGGCCCCACCAGCCUGCACGUUCCCCAGAGAACUCCUGGGCAGGCCCAGCAGAAUGCUUGUGUGCCCGGCAGCCUGAGGCCAGCACUGCCAUGGGCUGGAGGGCUGAGGGAGCAUCCUCACCUCAGCAUAGUGCUGAGAGGCCGCCCGACCUAGAUUGGAGGGAUCUGCUAGGCCUUCUCCGGGCACCUGAGGAUGGGGCCUGGACCCGGCUCCCAAGGCUGGACUGGGAAGGCCUCCUGGAGCUCCUGCAAGCUAGGCUGCCCCAAAAGGACCCGGCUAAGCACUGGCAUGAUCCAGCCAAAGCUUCAGGACCAGAGCUGGGCUCCUCAGGCACAGAGGACACCCUGAAGACAGAGUCGCAAACCCAGCCUGAAGGAUGGGCCAAGGCCACCCUAGCCAAUGGACACAGGCCUGGUCAGCAGUCUGAGGGCCCAGCACAGCUACCCAGCCCUGCUUGUACCUCCACCCAGUGGCCAACAACGAAAGUGACAAGUGGACCAGAAACUUCACCUCUGGCUGCUCUGGAGAAGAUAGAUCACCAAGAGAGCCACAGCCCACCAGACCUGGCGUUCCAGCCAGAGGAACCUGAGGCGACAGAACCAAGCAGAGGCGAAGACUCACGGGCUGACCAGAAGCAGGCUGACUCGGCAGACAAGAGGCCAGCAGAGGGCAAGGCUGGGAGCCCACUCAAGGGCCGACUGGUGACUUCAUGGCGGAUGCCCGGGGACCGGCCCGCGCUGUUCAAUCCAUACCUGCUGUCUCUGGGGGUCCUCAGGUGGCAAAGGCCCGAUCUGCUCAACUUCAAGAAGGGAUGGAUGUCGAUCUUGGAUGAGCCUGGAGAGUGGAAAAAGCAUUGGUUCGUGCUGACGGAUUCAAGCCUCAAAUAUUACAGAGACUCCACGGCUGAGGAGGCAGAUGAGCUGGAUGGCGAGAUCGACCUGCGAUCCUGCACAGAUGUCACGGAGUAUGCCGUCCAGCGCAACUAUGGCUUCCAGAUCCAUACCAAGGAUGCCAUUUAUACCUUGUCGGCCAUGACCUCGGGCAUCCGGCGGAACUGGAUUGAGGCUCUCAGGAAGACUGUGCGACCAACUUCAGCCCCAGAUGUCACCAAGCUCUCAGAAUGCAAUAAGGAAAACACGCUGCACGGCUAUGGCACCCAGAAGAGCUCCCUGAAGAUAGGGGAGCAGCGGACAGGCUCUGAGGUUAUCGGCCGGGGUGGUCCUCGGAAGGUGGAUGGACCGCGGCAGUCACUGGACUACGUGGAACUCUCUCCAUUAACGCCAAGCUCCCCACAGCGCAUGCGCACGCUGUCCCGCUCCACUCCUGAGCGCCCAACCAAACAGGAGGAUCUGGAGCGGGACCUGGCACAACGCUCUGAGGAAAGACGCAAGUGGUUCGAGUCCACGGACAGCAGGACCCCAGAGACGCCCAGUGGUGAUGGGUCUCGAAGGGGCCUGGGUGCCCCCCUGACUGAUGACCAGCAGAGCAGACUCAGUGAGGAGAUUGAAAAGAAGUGGCAGGAAUUGGAAAAGCUGCCCCUGCGGGAGAACAAGCGAGUGCCGCUCACUGCCCUGCUCAACCAAGGCCACAGCGACCGCCGGGGACCUACAAGUGACAGCCAUGAGGCCCUGGAGAAGGAGGUCCAGUCUCUCCGUGCCCAGCUGGAGGCUUGGCGUCUCCGAGGGGAAGCUCCUCAGAAUGCACCCAGACUCCAGGAGGACAGCCAUAUCCCUCCAGGCUACAUCUCGCAGGAAGCCUGUGAGCGCAGCCUGGCAGAGAUGGAGUCCUCGCACCAGCAGGUGAUGGAGCAGCUGCAGCGGCACCAUGAGCGAGAGCUGCAGAGACUGCAGCAGGAGAAGGAGUGGCUACUGGCUGAGGAGACAGCGGCCACAGCCUCCGCCAUUGAAGCCAUGAAGAAGGCAUAUCAAGAAGAGCUGAGCCGGGAGCUGAGCAAAACACGGAGUCUCCAGCAAGGCCCAGAUAGCCUUCGGAAGCAACACCAGUUGGACAUGGAGGCGCUGAAACAGGAGCUGCAGGUGCUGUCUGAGAGGUACUCGCAGAAGUGCCUGGAGAUCGGGGCCCUGACAAGGCAGGCAGAGGAGCGCGAGCACACCCUGCGGUGCUGCCAGCAGGAGGGCCAGGAGCUGCUGCGCCACAACCAGGAGCUGCACUCCCACCUGUCGGAGGAGAUCGACCGCCUGCGCAGCUUCAUCGCCUCUCAGGGCACAGGCAACAGCUGCGGGCGCAGCAAUGAGAGGAGCUCCUGUGAGCUGGAGGUGCUACUGCGAGUGAAGGAGAAUGAACUCCAGUACCUGAAAAAGGAGGUGCAGUGUCUCCGGGAUGAGCUCCAGGUGAUACAGAAGGACAAGCGCUUCACAGGAAAGUACCAGGACGUGUACGUGGAGCUGAACCACAUCAAGACUCGGUCGGAGAGAGAGAUCGAGCAGCUGAAGGAGCACCUGCGCCUGGCCAUGGCUGCCCUGCAGGAGAAGGAGGCUGUGAGGAACAGCUUGGCUGAGUAGAGGUCCCUGUGCUUCCCAUCAGCUGAGGACCCUCCAGCCCCAGGGGACCAGCCACCUUCCUUCUCUGACAGAAGUCAGAAGCCAAGCUUUCUCCCCACCCUGGGUCACAUGUGCGUGCACUCACACCACACACACACACACACACACACACACACACACAUGCACAUACAUUUAUGCACACACACGUGCACAUUUAUGCACACGUGCACAUACAUUUACACACACACACACACACUGCGGAUCUGAGCUCGUCCCUUGCAUAGGGUCUUACCUUGCACCUUCUUCAGGAUUUUAUAUGUGAAGAGAUUUUUAUAUAGUUUUUUUUUUUUUUUUUUUUUUUUUUUGCCUUUUGUUUUCUAAAACAUUUAAACUUUUAAAAAAGGCAAUACUUGGUGGCGUGUUCCUCCCGCACUGGCUCUUGCUCCUCUCUGAUCCCCGGCUUGGCCCUCCUUCCUACCCUGGGUGCCUCACAAAGGCCCAGGCAGGGCCAGGGUGAGUUGACCAGAGGGAGAAGGCAAGGAGCAGCCCUCUCUUCCUGCCCUGGCCUCUGGACAGGGGGACCCAUGGGCAGAGGGACGAGCCAGUACCUGUCCCCAUAGUUCUGCCCCUCUGAGGGGCGCUGGGUGUGGACCUCCAGCGUCACCCAUGAAGACGCUUCUCUUCUGUUCCAUGAGUCAUCCUAACUUAAUAAAACCUUCUAGCAACUCA